AUGAAGUUAAAUGCAUUAAUCAUUGAUUUAAAGAAUGGUGAUUUCUUUGGAAAGGCUAUUGCAGGCACAUAUAAUAUUGAGUUUCAAAAAAGAGGAUUGCCUCAUGCUCAUAUUCUACUGUGGCUUAGCACGGAAAACAAGUUACGCUCUCCUAAUAUGAUUGAUUCUGUUAUUUGUGCUGAGCUGCCUGAUCCUGAGCGUUUUCCAAAAUUGUUUGAGUGUGUAUCCAACUAUAUGGUUCAUGGUCCAUGUGGAUUGAGUAACAGAGAUUCUCCUUGCAUGAAGAAUGGUCAUUGCUCGAAAUUCUUCCCCAAAACAUUUGUAGGAGCAACAACGUUCGAUAGUGAUGGUUAUCUGAUAUAUAAAAGAAGAAACACUGGUGUAGACACUAUCAGGAAAGGAGUUCCUUUGGACAAUAGAUAUGUUGUUCCUUACAAUCCAAAGUUGUUGAUGAAAUAUCGUGCACAUAUUAACAUUGAGUAUUGCAAUAAAGCCAACUCCAUAAAAUAUUUAUUUAAAUACAUUAAUAAGGGAGUUGAUCGGGUCACAAUGUCAAUGUCUGUGCCCCCAGCAAACAAGGAUCGAGAAGAAGAAGUGGAUGAAAUUAAACAAUACUAUGAUUGUAGAUAUCUCUCACCAUGUGAAGCUCUAUGGAGAUUAUUUGGAUUUGAAAUCCAUUACAAGUGGCCACCUGUGAAGAAACUCAUUUAUCACUUGCCCAAGAAACAAGUCGUCUUAUUCAAAGAAGAACAACCCCUUCGGAACGUGUAUCGAAAGAACAAAUUGAAGGAUAGCAUGUUCACUGCGUGGAUGGUCUCAAAUGCGAAGUAUGCUCAAGGAAGGCACUUGACAUAUGCUGAAUUUCCAGCUGCAUUUGUAUUUGAUGAAAAAAGGAAAGAAUGGAAACCAAGGCAACAAGGCUUUACUAUUGGUCGGAUUAACUUUGUCGCUCCGGGAUGCGCCGUGCAUGUAAGGAACUUAUUUGCUACGUAUUUACUGGGUAACACACUAAGUAAUCCUUUGAAUGUCUGGAAUAAAACAUGGCAAGAACUUGCCGAUGAUAUUCAGUAUGAUCUCCGAAAGACUCAUAGCAAACCAGAUUUGGUUAUUGAAGAAAAUCGUCUUAAGGACCUGUGUUUAAUGGAGAUUGAAAAGAUUUUAAUGGUCAAUGGAAAAUCCCUUAAGGAUUUUUCUGGGAUGCCUUGGGUUGAAGCUAACACCUUGGUUGAGUAUGGAAAUGUGUUGCUUCUCAACGAGCUCAAUUUUGAUGCCGUAGAGAUGAGUCGGUUGCAUGAAGAAUGUUUUGGCAAGUUGAAUGAUGGCCAAUCCAAAAUAUAUGAGGAAAUUAUUGCUGCUGUAAAUUCAAAAAAUGGUGGCUUUUUCUUUGUGUAUGGAUAUGGUGGAACUGGGAAAACCUUUUUAUGGAUGACUUUGACGUACAAACUAAGGUCUGAGAAGAAGAUUAUAUUAAAUGUUGCAUCAAGUGGCAUUGCAUCCCUUUUACUACCAGGUGGUAGGACAACUCAUUCAUUAUUUUCCAUUCCGCUUGCUUUGAAUGAGGACUCCUGUUGUGGGAUACCAUUAGGAAGUCCUAAAGCCGAAUUGUUGGAACUUGCUAGCUUAAUCAUUUGGGAUGAGGCACCAAUGGUUAGCCGGUAUGCUUUUAAGGCUUUAGAUAGGACUUUGAGGGAUAUAAUGAAGUCCAAAAUCAAUGGCAAUUCUAAUAUUCCAUUUGGGGGGAAGGUUGUUGUUUUGGGCGGUGACUUUCGUCAAAUUCUACCCGUCAUUCCCAAAGGUAGGCGAGCAGAAAUAGUUAUGUCAACAAUUAACUCCUCACGUUUGUGGCGCUUUUGCAAGGUGUUGACUUUAACUGAGAAUAUGAGGUUGAUGACCAAUAAAUGCUCUCCAGUUAAUGACGAAAUUAAAGAUUUCGCAACGUGGGUUUUGGAUGUUGGUGAUGGUAAUUUGGGUUAUUAUAAUGAUGGUCAGUCUGACGUUCGAAUUCCUAAUGAUUUGUUAAUCCAACAAACUUCGAACCCUAUUGCAGAUAUUGUUCAAUUAAUGUACCCUGAUAUUCUUCAAAAUGUUGGUUCUGUAGAAUACUGUUCUGAUAAAGCAAUUCUUGCUCCAACUCUAGAUGCUGUUGAUUCAAUCAAUCAAUAUGCAUUGUCAUUAUUUCCCGGAAAUGAAAAAACUUAUCUUAGCUCUGAUUCAGUAUGGAAAGUCAAUGAAGAAAUUGGAAUUGAAGCUGAUUGGUUAACCACUGAAUUUUUAAAUGGUAUUAGAAGUUCUGGGAUUCCUGAUCACAAGUUGGUUCUUAAAGAAGGUGUACCUGUUAUGCUCAUGCGAAAUCUAGACAUUUCUACUGGUUUAUGCAACGGUACAAGACUUAUUGUUGACUACCUUGGUCCAAAUGUAAUUGGUGCUACCGUUCUCUCUGGGACACUUAUUGGAAAGUUGUUUAUAUCUCUAGGAUGA